AUGGUGCAUGAGUGUGGCCCUUAUUUCAUCAGGAACCUGCUGUUGUCCUCAGCCUUUUCUCCCUCUUUCUGUUUUGCCUCCCUACUCUUCCACCACACAGCCCUGCUCCUCUUCUUUUUCCUGAUUAAGGACUCUCUGGUCCAGGAGCUGCAGCAGAAGGCUGAGGAGACUGAGCUGCACCAGAUGGAGCUGCAGAUGCUGGAGACAGAGAGGGCUCAUCUGUCCCUGGUGGAGGAGAAACUUGUGGACAUUCUGCAGCUCCUCCAGCAGCUCAGGGACCUGAACAUCUCACAGAGGUCUCUGGGGAAAGUCUUGCUGCUGAGCACUUUGGAGUCUUGCAGUGACCCCAAACAUGGGAAAGCCCACAUUCUAGAGGUGCUCAACGCUCUCUAUCAUGAACUGGCUGCCUGUGAGAUUCUGUCCACUGGGGGACCUUUGGAGCGAACACAGAGUCAGCAGUCUCUGAAUGCCCUCAUCAUCUCCUGUUAAACAAGACUGCCUCCUGCUGGGCCACUGCUGUUCCAACAGACUUUCCAGAACUCCAGAACAACAGGCUGAUUCAUGUGCAUAGUGUAUUAUAUAUGAAUUUGUAUUCUCCUCAAACUGUAUUAGUUAUAAGGGGAUAUUAGUCUAGAAUGUUCAAUUUUGUAGUGAAGGGCUUUAUUACAUUUACAAGAAAUUCUUACUUAUACAUGCUUUACCAGCUUUUAUUGCACACAGCUCUUACAUAAUCUAUGGAUUUUUUUCCCACAACAGAGUUCUGAAAGUGAAAACGUUGAAAUAAGCUAACUAUAAAGAUGCAUGCCUAUGAAAAUGAUAGCAUCUUGACCACAUUUUGAGAACACAGUUGGUAUACUUUGCGACUCUUGAUUCCUUGGUAUUGUUUAAUGGUGUAUUGAGCAAUGUUGGGACCAGCACUCUCAGUGUGUUUAUCCACGCCUUAAUUCUGGAGAUGCAUCUGCACAGUACACCCAGUGAGACAGAGACAACCAUGCAGCACAUCUAAGAUUUGUUCAUACAAGCAAAAAGAUUACUUGUCCAACUAAAUUCUCAUUCUAAAGGACAAAACUUGUUCAUAUGAGUUGGAUCUGUUGGCUUGGUCUCGAAUUGAAUGCCUUGA